CAGUGAAACCCGUUAGCUGUCAAAUUGAUCAAACUGUAAUCGAGUUGUUUCACUGGCUUAACCGAGUCAAAUCAGACCCAAAGUCCACCGGAGGAAAUGUUACCUUCACGAUUCUCUCUUUGACUUUUUGGGAUCGCCUUUUCCAACAGGAAAUAAAUAUAAAACACAGGGUGCAACUUGCGUUUGGGUCAGGCUUGCUCGCGCAGGGAGUCUGGACCACGGCGGUGCCAAGUCGGACUUGACAGUACCAGUGCUAACAUUACCAGCAAGACAAGAGAGACAACGAAUUUUUAGACCGACUACCAGGCUAACCGAUCCAGAAAGUUCGGUCCGGAUGGUGUUGUCUGUACAAAUUCAGGUGGUUGACAGUCGGACGGGAACUGUCGCCAUGGGCAACCGGGGGAUGGAGGAUCUGAUCCCCUUGGUGAAUAGGCUCCAGGAUGCCUUCAGCACCAUUGGCCAGAGCUGCAACCUAGACCUGCCGCAGAUAGCUGUCGUAGGUGGCCAGAGCGCAGGCAAGAGCUCGGUCUUGGAGAACUUUGUGGGCAGGGACUUCCUCCCCCGGGGUUCUGGCAUCGUCACCCGCAGACCCCUGGUCCUCCAGCUCAUCUCUGCCAGCACAGAGUAUGCAGAGUUCCUCCACUGUAAGGGGAAGAUGUUUUCAGACUUUCAGGAGGUUCGCCAGGAGAUCGAAGCAGAGACAGUGAGACUCACUGGAACCAAUAAGGGUGUCUCUCCUGUCCCCAUCAACCUACGAGUUUAUUCCCCUCACGUGUUGAACCUAACCCUGGUGGAUCUGCCUGGCAUUACCAAAGUGCCUGUAGGAGACCAGCCUGCUGAUAUAGAGUACCAGGUGAGGGACAUGAUCAUGCAGUUUAUCUGUAAAGACAAUUGUCUGGUCUUGGCUGUGACUCCAGCUAACAUGGACCUUGCCAACUCUGACGCUCUCAAACUGGCCAAGGACGUCGACCCUCAGGGCCAGCGGACCAUAGGGGUGAUCACUAAGUUGGAUUUGAUGGAUGAGGGAACGGAUGCCCGGCACAUACUGGAGAACAGGUUACUGCCACUACGCAGAGGUUAUAUCGGGGUGGUGAAUCGUAGUCAGAAGGACAUUGAUGGGAGGAAGGACAUUAAGUCAGCUCUGGCUGCCGAGAGGAAGUUCUUCCUGUCUCACCCUGCAUACAGACACAUGGCUGACAUCAUGGGCACCCCCUACCUACAGAGAGUCCUGAACCAGCAACUGACCAACCACAUCCGAGACUGUCUGCCAGUGUUCCGCGGUCGUCUCCAGAGCCAGCUCCUAGCGCUGGAUAAAGAGGCUGAGGAGUACAAACACUACAGACCUGACGACCCUGCACGCAAGACCAAGGCCCUGCUACUGCUGAUGCAGAAGUUUGCAGCAGACUUUGAGAAGCGUAUUGAGGGCUCAGGAGACCAGGUGGACACUAUAGAACUGUCAGGAGGAGCCAAGAUCAACCGCAUCUUCCACGAACGCUUCCCCUUCGAACUGGUCAAGAUGGAAUUUGAUGAGAGGGAGCUGCGGCGGGAGAUCAGCUAUGCCAUCAAGAACAUCCAUGGCAUCAGGACUGGUUUGUUUACUCCAGACCAGGCGUUUGAGGCGAUAGUGAAGAGACAGAUAAUGAAGCUGAAGGGUCCCGGCAUUAAAUGUGUGGACAUGGUCAUCCAGGAGCUGAUCAACACUGUACGCCAAUGCACCACCAAGUUGGGUUCCUUUCCAAGACUGCGAGAGGAGACGGAGAGAAUCGUGACCACACACAUCCGGGACAGAGAGAGUCGAGCUAAAGACCAGGUCCUGCUGCUAAUCGAUGUACAGUCGGCCUACAUCAACACUAACCAUGAGGACUUCAUUGGCUUCGCUAAUGCGCAGCAGAGGAGUGAUCAGACCAAUAAGAAGAGCAUUGCAGGAAACCAGGGUGUGCAACCAGUCUCCAGUCUAAUAGUAAUCCGUAAGGGCUGGCUGACCAUCAACAACAUCAGUAUCAUCAAGGGCGGUGCCAAGGAGUACUGGUUCAUCCUGACCGCUGAGAGCCUGUCCUGGUUCAAGGAUGACGAGGAGAAAGAGAAAAAGUACAUGUUACCGUUGGACAACCUGAAGUUGAGAGACGUGGAGAAGAGUUUCAUGUCCAGUAAACAUGCCUACGCCAUCUUCAACACCGAACAGAGGAAUGUGUAUAAGGACUACAGGUUCCUGGAGCUGGUGUGUAGCUCUCAGGAGGAACUAGACAGCUGGAAGGCUUCUCUGCUGAGGGCCGGAGUCUAUCCUGAGAAAGUCACUGUGGAUGGGGAGUGUAGUGGUUCUAGUGAUAGUUUCUCUAUGGACCCUCAGUUGGAGCGUCAGGUAGAGACCAUACGGAACCUGGUGGACUCCUACAUGAACAUCGUUUACAAAGCCAUCAGAGACCUCAUGCCCAAGACUAUCAUGCACCUCAUGAUAAAUAAUGUGAAGGAGUAUAUUGGUAGUGAUCUCCUGGUGCAUCUCUACUCUCUAGCAGAGAAGUGUGUGUUGAUGGAUGAGUCUCCAGAGCAGGAGCAGAGGAGAGAGGAGGUGCUGAGGACUCACUCUGCCUUGAAGGAGGCGCUGGCCAUCAUAGGAGACAUCUCUACCUCCACCUCCUCUACUCCUCUACCUCCUCCUGUUGACUCCUCCUGGCUGCAUGGAGCCCCUGAGACCAGCCGCAGAGGCCCCGCCCCCAUGGCCCCACCAGUCCCCUCCCGCGCUGCACCCCAUGGACCAAUCAGCAACCACGCUGAUACCACCCAGUCUCCACCCACCGGACUCAUCAGACCCCCCCCUAAUGUACCCAGGAGGCACCCCCCGGCUGUCCCCACAAAACCAUCCCACUGACCCCUCCCCUCAACACAACACUGCCUCUGAUAGCACAACUACCGGUACAUCAUACAGUCUGUCAAUCAGAUGGAUAAUUUUACUAUUUUUUUAAUGCCUUUUUUAACUUCUUUGACAAAUCCCAAUUGCACCCCUAUCCCCUACCUCCCAGACACUUGCAUAUAUCUGAAAUGAUUGGAUAGGUGUAAUCAAUGUGGUGAUCAUUUCUACUAGUCUAUUGAAGGGCAAGGUGAAGCCAUCACCAUAUUGAUCAUUUCUACCCAUUCCAUUUGGGAGUUGAAGGGCCAUUCUAAACACAAAUAUCCAUCUACCAUUUUGCUGGAGACUCUUACCCAGAGCUUGUCCCCUCACCUCUCUCUCCCUCCCUCCCUC